CCCUGUGCUAUAUUGAAAGCACUGCAGCAACAUGCUCUAAAAAGGUUGAGACAGGGGCAAUUAAGGACUAAUAACAAUCUGACGAGUUGCAAGAUUACAAAUAACAAGGUGUUGUGAAACAGAAGAUGUUAAUCAGGUGAGGCAAUCGUGUUAUAGCAUAUAAAGAACCUCCAAAAAAGCCUAGUGCUUUAAGAGCAAGCAUGGGUCAAGGCUCGCCAACUUGUCAACAGAUGAAUCAGCAAAUAAUAUAGUGCUUUGAGAACAAUGUUCCCCAAAUAACUUUUGAAGGAUUUGGGGUAUUUCACCCUCUACAGUGCACAAUAUUGUUAAAAGAUACAAGGAAUCUGGUACGUAAAGGGCAAGGCUGAAAUCACUUCUGAAUGCACGUGAUCUCUGCUCCCUCAGACUUCACAGUCUUAAAAACCGUGAUUCGUCUGUAAUGGAUAUCAUAACAUGGACUCGGGAAUUCUUCUGUAAGUCUUUGUCAUUCAAGACCAUUCGCCGCUGCAUCCACAGAUGCAAGUUAAGGCUUUACUAUGCAAAGCAGAUGCCGUACAUCAACACUGUCCAGAAGCGCCGCUGAACUGUCUGGGCUCUGUCUCAUCUGAGAUGGAAAGUAGAACUUUGGAAUCAUGUUUUGUGGUCCGACGAGUCCACAUUUCAAAUAGAUUUUGGAAAAAACAGCUGCCGUGUUCUUCGGGCCAAAGAGGAAAAGGACCAUCCAAGCUGUUUUCAGCACAGGUCUGUCAUGGUGUGCGGGUGUGUAACACCAUGCCAUGGGUAACUUGCACAUAUAUGAAGGCACGAUUAAUGCAGAAAGAUAUGUACAAAUUUUGGAGCAACAUAUUGACUAUUUCAAGACGGUUUAAGGAAGUAACGUAAUUUCCUGCUAGUUGUCGAACUCAGACUGCAUUUCAAAUGGGAUAAAUCACCAUCCGAAGGACACUUUGAAGGGAGAACAAUCCUGAUAAUCAUGCUGUAAGAUCACUUCAAACAGAAUUUCCAAUAAAAAUGACUUAAAAAGGGAAUUACAAAUUACCCUUAUUUUUGAGCCCCAUGCAUUUUAGCCUUUCAAAGGUCUCACUGUGAAUGGCAGUCUUUGAAGGGAAUAGGGCACAGGGAUGAUCACUUCUGACUGGAACGCACCCUCAAUCAAAACAACAGUGGGAGGAGCUUCAUUCAUAGUGACUUCAACAUGAAUAUCAUUACUAACAAACACGAUUGUCAUAAAAUUACAUUAUUAAAAUGUGGAGCAUGUUGUUCGGUGGCUGGAUGCUCCCUUCAAGUGCUUAGAUCUCAGAAAAAACAACAACAAAUGGAUGCAUGAACUGCUUCUGUGAAGCGAGACGGCUGGAUAUGUGUAGUAUUACAAACUGUAGCACACGUCUUAUCUCUGAUUUGUAGAAGUUCCAGCAAUAAGGAAGGAAGUGGGAAGCGGGGUGGCAGUCCAGGUAAGUUAACCUUUAAAGGCUUUACAGCUUCUCAAACAGUCUUUGGCUUCUCAGCUUCACAACAAGUAUCUCUAGUCUCUACUGUUAACACACACAGCUUCACUAAUUACACUAAACAACACUACGUCGGUCACAGUAACAGCUUUGCAGCAUUCAGGUUCAGUGUGUGCAGGGUUGGGAGGGUUACUUUUGAAAUGUAUUCCACUACAGAUUACAGAAUACAUGCUGUAAAAUGUUAUUUGUAACAUAUUCCGUUAGAUGUGCAUGUAAAAUGGCUAGAAAUAGCAUUUUAGCUUAGCGUAAAGCUGACAAUUUACACAAGGUUUAUUUCUAUUUCUUCUGCUCCAAACUUACUUCAAACGUACUUCUCUGUCUGCUCGUAUGAAUGUAACACAUCAUAAGAAAGUGUUUCACCACUGUUCAAAUGCACUUUGGAUCGCAUCAUUUAUAUGUAUAAAUGUUUUCCAUCUGAAAGGACUAAAUAUUAAAUGAAAAAAUUACAAUAAAAUCCAAAGUAAUAUCUUCAGUAAUCAAAAUACUUUUUGAAUGUAACUGUAUUCUAAUUACCAAUGAUUUAAAUUUGUAACUGUAGUGGAAUACAUUUACUUAUAUUUUGUAUUUUAAAUACGUAAUCCGAUUACAUGUAUUUCGUUACUCCCCAACCCUGGGUGUGUGUGUGCCUCGGCCUCUCUCUCCCUCUCUGGCAUUCUCGGCAGCCUCUUCAAGCCCAUCUCCAUGGUCACUGUAAUGAGACACAGGUGUUAAGCAUCAAUAAUCACCAGGUGAUGGCCUUACCGCUUCCUCUCCCCCCAAUGACAGACACACGACCACGUCCCGCUCUACAAGAUUGUAUUUGGAUAUUGUACAUACAUAUAUAUUGUCUUAUUGUGUAUUUCUAUAUAUACUUAUAUUUUCUAUUCACUUUUUAUUUUUAUUCUAUUUUUUUAUUAUUAUCUCUGUCUUGUUGCUGUAUUGUUUUUGCACUGGAAGCUUCUGUCACCAAGACAAAUUCCUUGUAUGUGUAAGCAUAGCCUACUUGGCAAUAAAGCUCAUUCUGAUUCUGAUUCUGAUUCUGAUAAAACCUCCUCACUACAUUCUUAUUCAGCAUUCAGUAACAAUUCUGGAGAGACACACCUCAUGCACAUGUUUGAGAAUGUUGUGCAAGGAAAUCAAGGAAAUUGCUUGACACAGGCAUGUAUACAGACACAAACUGUGUUUAUCUUUAAAUCCUUGAACAUUUGUGGUUUACAUAAGCGUUCGUUUCUAAAAGGGUUUAAUUUUAAGAAUAUAAUCCAAUGUAUUGGGUUGUAUGGUCAUUUAGGUAUUUAAAAAUGGAUAAUGUUAACCUCAUAAACAUAACAUUGAUCAAAUCUUAGCAAUGCGUACAGUUUAUAGCAUAUGUAAUAUGUAUCUACUGUGAUACGUCAGCUAAAAGACCAAAGACAACUGAGCGUGUCUUUUGACAAUGAGACCGGGAGUGAAAGUGAGUCAGUAUUCCAGACCUGCAGCAAUGUGUAGAGCCAUGCCUUUAUACAGCUUCAUUUCACUACUCACACUUUUGUACUGGUCACCGCUUAUACUGGACUUAUACUAGUGGGAUUUUGAAUUAUUUGGUUAACUCUUGGCAGGUAAGUACAUGAGAACUUUUUUAAGAAAAUGUAAAGUUUUAAUAGACUUUAAGAUUACAGCAUUAAAAACUAUAUAAAAAAAAAGAUUUAAUUUUUUUUUUUUCCAAUGGACAUUGAUUAUAAGACAAUUUCAUGGCCAUGAAUGUAUUUAUUAUUUAUUAUCAUGAUAAAAAAAAGUAAAAAGAUGUCUUGUACAGAAGAAGAAUAUUUUAGCAUAUUCUGGUGCUUCAGAUGUUCCCAAAGAUAAUCCAAAUUUAGAAUUAGAAUUUCUUUCUUUCAUUCCAGACAGAAAGUAAUAUUUUACCAACAAGAAUCUAAAAUGUGUGUAAAUGGGUCUUUACUCUAGACAAUUUAAUUUACAAACCUUUCAAAUGCUAUUCUUUGUGGUGUCUUUAAGGCAGCAAUCAAGAGUUUGCAAGUUUAAAGUUAUUAACAACGAACUUCAACUUCAUUCAACAGCAGAGUACGCAAGCUCUGUAUGCGUGUAGCACAAUUUUUUUAACUGGGCAUAUUCUUUAUGCAUAAACUGUGCAUGUGCCUGGAAUUGUUUGCACUAAUUGGUGGGUCCACAAGGUGGCAACACUCACAGAUAGGCUGUUGCUUUCGAAAUACUGGUGAAGAUUCUGGUCAGGUCAGGAGAUACUGUUGCUUACCUGCAUUUGUAUAACUUGAGUCUGGAAGACUAUAAAGACAUCUUUAUGGGUCUAAACUCCUGAAGAGAAAUAGUCCAGUAUUGCAUAGUGUAAGUCAUAGCGUGCAUGCAUCAAAUGGAGUAUACUGUACUUUGAAAGGCUAGAGAGUUCGACUGUAGGCAAAAGUUAGCGUAUGCGUAUGCGUAAAAACCGAAGUAUAUAUUGGGCUAUACAGUACAUUUUAAGGUUGUAUAUGUUCAGACUGAUCACAUUGUGAUUCGGGAAAAGGAGGUCCACAGCAAUAGCAAGUAGUAUUUUUAGUUGUAAAUGACAUAAUACAGUCAACAAAAAUAUGCAUAUUUUAUUAAUCCUACAUCUUAACCUAAACCCCAACCCUAAGCCUAACAGUCAGUGGAACACAAUUACUUCCUGGUUUUCAAAGGACCAGAACCCAUGUCUCAAAGUUUGCUUGUGCAACAAGAUAUCAGUAGAACUAGAGGGAAAGUAAUUCUGUCAGUAAUUCGGUAGAAUGUGGUCAGUUUUCAGGGUAUGUUGUUUUCUCGUGUGAUGCAAAAUGUCUGAUAGUAAUGGCAUUUGAUAGUAAUUCGGAAGAAUGGGGUCGAUUUCAGGAAACAUGAAUAUUGGGAAUAUGUAGAUUUCCUGUGUGAUCAUGUUGAUCAUAUUUAUAAACUCAGAACAUAGUGUCAGCAAAACUAGUCUAUCUUCCAGUUAUAUGAACUAAUGGUCUCUGGACUAAUUUGGAUACAACAGUGUAAUGGAUCUUUAGGUUCGGGUAUGGAAAAGGAGGAGACGGAGAGUAGUGACACACUUCAGAUAGUUUCUGCCUUCAGUUCGUUUGAGUGCAGCCUUCCCAGGGCUUUCUUAUUUGUCAGUUCAAAGCAACAAAAAACUCUCAGUAACUUUUCGAACACAUCAGCUUCACAACAAUAAUAAUAAUAAACACUAAAUAGGGCACUCCAUUCACUGCGCUCUGGUGUCGUUCUCUCUCUGCCUUCGCUGGCGUGUUCAGCUGUUUUAAGGCGUCUCUCCGCUAUCACUGUAAUGAGAAACAGCUGUUAGAAAUCAUGUCAACUGAGGGAUGUAUAAUUCCUCAGUAUAAACCAAAUGAGGGAUGAGGGUCAGCACCUCCAAAUAUGAGGCCAUAAUUCUCUACCAAUAAAAGGUGGAUUAUCCUCUUUAGGCAGCUUCCCCAAGUGGUGGAGUUUAAGGACUGUAUCUUGGGGUCUUGUUUACAAGUGAGAGAAAGAUAUAGCAUGUAACUGACAGGAGAAUUUGUGCAGCAGCUGCAGUAAAGUAUUGUUUGUACCUGACCGUGGUGGUGAAGAAGGAGCUGAGCCUAAAGACAAAGCUCUUGAUUUACCAGUCUGUGCUCCAACCAUCACCUAUGGUCAUGAGCUUUUGGUAGGGACUGAAAGAAUAAGAUAGCAGAUACAAGAGGCAGAAAUGUGCUUUCUUCACAGGGUGGCUGGGCUCACCCUUAGGUAUAGGGUGUGAAAUUCGGACAUCUGGGAGGGGCUCGGAGUAUAGUCGCUGCUUCUCCACAUUGAAAAGAGCCAGUUGAGGUUGUUUGGACAUCUGAUUAGGAUGAAUCCCAGACGCCUUGCUGCGGAGGUGUUCCAGUCAAGUCCAGCUGGGAAGAGACCCCAAGGAAGACCUAUGACACGCUGGAGGGAUUAUACUCUUGGCUGGCCUAGGAAUGCCUUGGGAUCCUCCAGGACGAGCUGGAGGAUGUGACCAGGGAAAAGGAGAUAUGGGCUGCUUUGCUUAGUCUGCUGCCAACGCAACUCGGACCAGGAUAAGCAGCAGAAGAUAGAGAGAGAGAUGGAUGGAUGGAUGGAUGGAUGGAGAAGAAAUCAAUAUAUUUUUGAAUUCUCCAACCCAAACAUGAACCAGACAAAUUUGUGGAACAUCUCAAACAACUGCUCCAUUAGUGAGUUCAAGCAAAGCAUCUAUCCAGCCGUCUAUCUGUUCAUCUUCACCUUCGGGCUUAUUGGCCACCUCAUAUCUCUUUUCUUCUUCUUUGGCUUAUGGAAAAGAAAGAUGGAGUUUUCUCCAGUCAACAUCCUCAUGCUCAAUCUCCUAGCAUCCGAUCUGAUGCUGGUGUGCUCUCUGCCGCUCCGAGCCACCUACUAUCUCAUGGAUUCCCACUGGGCCUUUGGAGACAUCACCUGCCGGAUCAUGUCCUACGUCCUCUACAUCAACAUGUAUGGCAGCAUUUACUUCCUAAUGGUUCUGAGCGUGGUUCGCUUCGUGGCCAUCGUUAAACCAUUCAAAUACAUUCACUGGCAAAGUUCUCGGAGAGCUUGGAUAGUAUGCAUCAUCGUCUGGUUGAUUGUGUCACUGGCCUCCAUCCCGCUUCUUAGAGCAGGGACUUACCAGGACCAGUUUGGACGGACAAGAUGCCUGGAACUGGACUCGUCCAUGCUCAAGACCAUUAUCGUAUUGAAUUGGGGAGUCUUGUUUUUGGGUUUUGUGAUGCCCUUUGUGGUCAUCUCAGUGUGUUAUAUUUUUGCAGCCUUCUACUUGCUAAAGCUAAAGAAGACCAGACCGAAUCAAAGAUCUCAAUUUAAUCACAAGAAGUCUUGCUCUCUUGUGAUCAUUGUGCUUCUAAUUUUUCUCACAUGCUUCAUGCCGUAUCAUGUAGUCCGGAGUCUCUUUUUGGAGGCUGAGAUGGAUGUUACAAAGACCAGCUAUGGUGGGUCCUGCCAUUAUAUUCAGCGUUUGAGAGAGGCAGCGGUCAUUACGCACUGUCUAGCUUCAGGAAACAGUUGCCUGGAUCCUUUACUCUUCUUUUUCGUGGGGGAAAACUUCAUUAACUUUUGGCGUCAAAAUACGCCGACGCGACAGAGUUGCAUAACAGAGCAGAAUGUGAAAGUGUUGGAGAAGAUGCAUACUGCAUUUAUAUAGGGAAGUGGUUAAGACUGUUGUGGUGUGCUUAGGACCUGUUGGGACUUGAGGGGGAACAGAAGAAAAUUCCCCAAAUAGCUGAAGAGAAAGAUGAUAUCGGUGGUGUAAGAGUACACAUCUGUUCUGCGAGCACUUAACCAACCCACACUAACAGCACUUACCACUGCACUUAAUGUAGAGAAGAAAAUAAAGAAAAAAAAUCUUUCUUCUGUGCCAGCAUCUUUACUACUCCAGCCACUGUGAGAACUUGGCAGUCUUAUACUGCAGAUGUUGUUAAACUUUGUCAAAGUCAAAAUUUUGACAAAUUGCUUGCUAUGUGUCUAAUUUAUAUGUCGCUUUGGAUAAAAGUGUCUGCUAAAUGACUAAAUGUAAAUGUAAUGAGGUAUAAACUUGGUUAACCUCUCCUACAAAAGAAAAAAAUUAGCACAAGUCAGAUUUUAUCUCAAUAAAUUGUUUCUCCUACACCAAAGAGAUGAAAUGGAGAGCAAAUUAAAUCUUCUGCUUCUCUGACGUUUCUCUUUGAGAAAAGACCUACCAUAUGGUUGUCUCCUCAAGAGUUUCAGAGAUCUCAACAAUGUCUGAAGCUGUGCUCAGAUUUGCAUAUAUACCAAAGGUUGUAAUCAAAAGUCAAAGACUUCAAUAUGAACUCAUAAAUAUAAUUCCCAUCAAAUUCUUCCAAGGAAAUGUUAUAUGAGCUAUGCUAUCCACAUUAAUUUUAUCUUACUGCGUGUCAACAUUUGUACUAUUUGUGUCUAUUUUUAUUACUCCUAAGGCAUUUUAAGAAAAACAUCUGAGACAUGUUUAUGCUUAAAUAAAGCAUCAAUUCUCCUGAGCAAUAAAACAGCAACCUUCAAGCAUUAAACAUUUCCUCUGUGCUUAAUCUUGAACUGGCAUCAAGCACAGUAAAAUGCUAAAAGUUUUCUAUGAUCAAAUCUUCUUAACUUGGCAGUUAAUGCUCUGUAGCAUUGCGAAGUUGUUUAAAACCCUGCUUCAAAAGUAAUUGUAUUGUUAAUUAUUGUUUCUCGCAAAUCAAGGUCAGUUUACAUAAAGCAUACUUAAAAAAAAAUUUAUUUAUUUUUCUGUAGAAGAACGGGUCAACGUAAUUCUAAAUAAUGUUAAAAUAAAAUUAGUUUAUGUGUGUUCAAAAUGUUAGUAAAAACAACUAUCUGAACAUAAUUACUGUAAUUUGUGAGUAUUUUUUUUUUCUUUUUUUUAUCGCUUUGGUACUAUUUUCACAUGCAAGUGAUACAUUUUCAAAACUCUUAGUACAAAACACCAAACUGAUCACACUUAUAACAAAGCUAGUCAUUCUUUCAAAACCUCCUAAGUGCUUUCAUCAGAGUUGUACAUGUUUCCUUUCAUAUUAUCACUGUUUCAGAACACAAGAUUAUUGUGACAUGUAAUGAGAACAUCUGGUUUAAUCAACCAAGCACAACAGAAUGAUCUUUCUUCAGUUUAGUCAUUUUAUCCAUCAGUUCAAUCUGUAGCAAACAAUGCAAGAUACAUGUUUAAAAUUACAGUAACCUUAAAGAUGUUAAACAAUUUUGAUUUUAUUUUUUACAGUACUGUAAAGUCACAUUAGGAAAUACACUUACAUUGCCCGACCAAACUGACAUUACUGUAAAUUCAUAAUGCCUGUAACAUAAACCCAAUGUGUAAUCAAAAGCUGUGAUCAUUGAAUAUACAGGAUGAUGCUGGACUGACGUUCUCUGUCAGUUUUGACAGAAUUGUGUAACAAGUACAGUAAUGUACACUGUAAUGUCAUUUACUCUUACAGUACAGUAUGAAUGAAUUGAAAUUUUUCAUUUUCAGAUUGGGUUGAGUAAUUACAUUUACUUUUAGUCAUUUAGCAGAUGCUUUUAUAGUAACCAAAGUGACUUACAAAUGAGAGAAACUCAGUCCUGUAAUUUGCUUUACAGUAGUUGGCCUUUGUUUACUGAAUCACAUAAUGGACAUUGAUGGCCCAGAUGUCAUUGGGCUCACCAGUUCCUGCCCUAUUCCUCCAUCUGUUGCCCACCUCUGUGACCUGUCUGACUGGCCUCCAGUAUACAAAUUCACUGUUUGGUUCCUCUUCCUUGCAGUCUAUCCUGCUCUAUAUUUAUACAUUGUAAAUGCUCAUACACACACUCUGAAUGCAUAUGGUACAUACUGUAAACAAUAGUGGUUACGUAAAUAUAUUGUAACAUAUUCAUAAUGUUUUCCUGUCCUGAACAUGUGAUUUACUGUAGAUGUUGAUAUUUUACAAACACAUAAAAUAGUCAAACCAUUUGAAAAUCUAUAGAUAUACCAAAUGAUUCAUUGAUUAGAUCAGUUGGAUCAAAUGAUAGACAAAUGUAUUAAAUUGAACGAGAACAGAUGCAAAUGAAAAGUUUGAUGUUAAUAUCAUUUUGAAAGGCAGUUUCUAUCAAUGAAAGGUAUAUAUAGAUAAAACACUUAUUUGGUGUGGUGAAAAUGUUACUUUGUGAUUUUGUGUUUUGUACUUUGUCAAUUGAAAAUAUGCUGAAAUUAAAAUAAAAAA